CCUCCGGGCUUUGGACCUCCCGGCCCCCCAGGACCACCCGGUCCUCCUGGUCCUCCUGGACCUCCAGGUCCACCAGGUUUCCCAGGAGGAGCUGUUGUAGGUCCUCCUGGACCGCCAGGCUUUCCUAAAGCGUGUCAAAAAGGUUUUUAUUUUUUAACUCGUCCCCUUUUCGCUCUUAGGAUGGGCUGGGAAUUACUCUCGUCGCUCUCGCUUGCUGAAGCAAGAUUAAGAAUAUGAACAGGCGAUCUGGCGUAAAUAUGGCCAAUACCGCGACGUUUACUUAGUCGCAAAUACUACUUGAUAACCUUAACAAAAAUUACAAGCAUGUGAUGAUAACUUCAGCAAAAGGUGGGGCACAAGAAAAACCGCCCCUUGGAAAAACAUACAAAAUUAGCCUGUCGGCGGGCUGGAGCUGGGGAAAAAAGUUUGGGUUAGAAGAUGGCGUUCCCGCGAAUGGCAAGAAGGCUGAAAUCAUAGUGCAUGCAGACUAAAUAGGGACAGUUAUCCCGCCUAUUUUAAUCUGAUUGGAGUCUCCAAGGAGAUAUGUCAUUUUCAGCCCCACCCAAACAACUGAGGAAUGAAAUGCGAAUAGCCAGGAAAAUGGCACGAUAUUAUCUGUGUUGCAUAUAAUGUUUGUUUUAUGAAAUUCCACAAAUUCUUCUGCGCUUCAUUUUUUAACGUUUUAGACGCUCGUCGGUUAUUGUUUAAUCUGUGUUAUUCCAGAUUUGCUAAUUUCGCAACAAAAAAGCCUUUUCUCACCUGGUUUCGGCCUUGUAGGUGUUGUUUUCACUCCCGGUUUGGCGGUUGUUGGUUUGGUAGAAGGCCCCCGGGGUGCUGGGGUUGUUGGUCCCCCUGGUCCUCCCGGACCUCCUGGUCCCCCAGGGCCACCUAAUUUUAGAAACAAUCAAGAUAAGAAGAUGAUGUAUAGGGUAUGAUAAACGCUGUAAAAAACGUUCAGCCAUAAUAUUGAUAACGUUUUAGCGUAUCCUGAUGAGGAGAAGCCAGAAGUGCAACAUAACGUUUUUAAACGAACUGGUUUACCUCUUAUCCAUACAUCUCUUUCAGAGAUACGGAUUUGGACUUGUUUAUAAAGCCUUCCUCUUUCCCUAGAUUAUUUCUGAAAUUCAACUUUGCGAGGUAAUACACACAAGAAGACACCUUUCAUUGUAAAAUUUAAGCCACUUUAACAACCGUUUUUGGUGGAGAAGUGUGUUGAAAUUUAGGUUUGUUACUUAAAUUUCACUAGAAUUUUCUGGCGGCCUUUCUCUGAAAAAUAUCCACGAAAAUGUCACCGCCUUUGAUGAACAGGAAUGUAAUAGAAACUAAUAACAAUUGCGCUUAGCAUAUUUGUAUAACAUCAAUGUUUUACAGCUGUAAGCAAUAAGUGAAGAGACCCUUAAAGUUUCCCUACCUGGUCCGCCAGGUCCGCCGGGUCCGCCCGGUCCUCCGGGACCCCCUGGCCCCCCAGGUCCCCCGGGACCUCCUGGGCCUCCUGGACCAUUAGGGCCUCCAGGACCACCAGGACCUCCUGGUCCCCCAGGAGUACCGGGGGAAUUGGUUGGUUUGGUUGGUUUGGUUGGCACACCAGGUUUAGCAGUUGUUGGUCCACCAGGACCCCCGGGUCCACCCGGGCCGCUUGGUCCACCUGGUCCUCCGGGUCCUCCAGGUCCCCCUGGUCCACCGGGAGAACCGGGUGCAUUUUUCGUUGGUGUCGUUGGUCUGGGAGGUACACCCGGUUUUGGUGUUGUUGGACCACCGGGGCCUCCAGGCCCUCCUGGACCAUUUGGUCCACCUGUGUUUUUAAGCAUUGAACGAUCAUGAGAUCUUUAAAUCAUAAAUCAGACCAGACAUUAAGUGACCUCUAAACUUCUACCGUUACUUAAUAAUAUUAAACUAAAUUCCCUAAUAUAUUUCUACGACCAUGUAAUUCUUCAAAUUCUUCUUUCGUUUGACAAGACACCCCUUCGAAGUUAAUUUCUUCAAAUCUUUUUUUUAAAAAAGCUGAGUCUGAAAAACCUGAGAAAGCUUUUGCUUGAUUGUUGUUUUCAGCUAUUCCUAAGACCUUUCCUAGCAAACUAUAAAUAAGGUUUGGAAACAGGGUGCCUAUGUUACUCACCCCAAAAAAUGGGGAAACGCUAGCCAUGACAAGCCAAGAAAACGAUCUAACAGUGUUCAAUGCAGGUUUGUUACUGUACGCCCGUUGAAAUUGUAUUAUUGCUCAACGAUUCUUGUAUAUGUCGUUAAACUUUGUAUUCUUUUGACUUUACUUCAGAAACAUGAUCUUUUCAGUUGUACGCAUUGCGCAUAUUCCAAAUCUACUUAAUCAGGCAGCACUACACAAUUCUAUUAUCUUUUUAAGGCCAGCCUUAUUUGGCGUGCAAUUCAAACAAAUUCACAAACCUGGUCCGCCAGGACCAUUUGGACCACCAGGUCCCCCAGGACCACCUGGACCCCCCGGACUUCCUGGCUUGCGAGUUGUCGGCUUCUUUGUGGGCACUCCUGGCACGGGCGUUUUGGGACCUCCUGGUCCACCAGGUCCACCUGGACCUCCUGGUCCUCCUGCUCCCCCUGGGCCUCCCGGACCACCAGGACCGCCUGGUGUACCUGGAGGCUUUGUUGGCUUCGUAGGUUUUGUUGUUGGAGGACCACCGGGGCCUCCUGGUCCUCCGGGCCCAUUAGGACCACCGGGUGUACCCGGAGGUUUAGUUGGCUUCGUAGGUUUUGUCGUUGGAGGACCGCCAGGACCACCCGGUCCUCCAGGACCACCAGGACCUCCCGGACCUAUAAUAAAUUGACAUUAAAUUCCAUUUAUUUCUGUGAACAUAGUUUGUCCGUUUUUAUUUCAGCUUCAGAUGCCAACAAUCUUUAAUUUUGAAUUGAUUAGAAAUAACAUGCUCUUUUACUAAUGGCUCAAGGGCGCUUAUUUUGUAUCUGUCACAUGUAAGUAUUGUACAGAACGCAAGUUGUAACUCUCGAUGCAGCUUUAAAAGAUUACCGUGGCUUCUUACAUUUAUGCACCGGAAAGAUUACGAGUGAGUUUAAGGACUCCUAACGUUUGGUAAAAAUAUCGUAUCACUAAGUACAAAAGUCAGUGGUUAAAACAAAUUUCAUUGCAACCGUUUUUUAAUUCUCCGCCUAUUCCAUUGUUACUCUGCUGUUUCAUAUACGAACAUCGUUUAACAGGAGGAAAUGCAUGAUUAACUCAGUUAACUGCUCCUUUAACCAAUGCUAUAUUCUAUGCUACUAACUCCUUUUGUAUAACCGUACAUACGAGUUCAAAUUAAUAACAUCUUAAACCGGAGAGCUGGUUCGAUAUUUUUACGGACCUUACAAAUUUAAAAUACACGGAAUAAACCACUUAUUCGGCAGACUAAUGCCAACAACAACAGAAAACAAACUGAAACAGCGAUUAUCGCUUAAAUAACAGAGUUAUAAGUUUCGAUUCCCAAAUUUCCGGCUAUAAGGACACUAAAUCCACGAGAAAGAGGUGAUGAAAAUUGCACAAGUAAAGGUAAUAAAUGAAAGUUAUAAAGGAACAAAUCUGUGUUGCAAUUAAGCGUUAAUAAUAAUGAUGAUGAUAAUGCUAAUGGUAGUGAUAAUGCUAAUGGUAAUGAUAAUGAUAAUGAUAAUGAUAAGAAUAAUAAUAACAACAAUAAUAAUAAUAAUAAUAAUAAAGAAAAAGGAGCAAACCUGCAGGGCCACCCGGGCCUCCAGGGCCGCUUGGACCACCAGGUCCUCCGGGACCCCCCGGUCCUCCCGGACCAUUGGGUUGUCCAGGUGGGUACCGAGUUGGUGUUGUUUUCUUCUCUGGCGCUCUCGGCGAUUUUGUUGUUGGCCCUCCCGGGCCACCGGGACCUCCUGGACCACCAGGGCCUCCUGGUCCCCCUGGUCCUCCUGGUCCACCAGGACCGCCGGGACCCCCUGGUCCUCCAGGUCCACCAGGGCCACCUGGACCUUUGGGGCCUCCUGGACCGCCUGGUGAUCCUGGCGUUUUCGUUGGUGUGGUGGGUGUUGUCUUUUCUCCUGGACGUGGUGUGGCUGGUCCACCUGGCCCUCCCGGCCCUCCCGGUCCUGCUGGCCCUCCUGGACCUCCAGGACCCCCUGGUCCACCAGGACCACCUGGCCCUGCCGGACCUCCGGGAAGUCCUGGUUUCUUGGUUGGCUUAGUAGGCUUGGUUGUUUUUCCAGGGACAGGUGUGGUGGGUCCACCAGGGCCACCGGGUCCUCCUGGCCCUCCAGGACCACCUGGUCCACCUGGGCCACCGGGUCCCAGGGCCUCCGGGACCUCCUGGUGUCCCUGGAGCCUUUUCAGUGGGUUUCGUGGGUCUAGUAGAUACACCUAUGAUAACAAUAUUUUGACAGUUCUUUGUUUUAUGACCUACAGCAUGUUGUGGAUGAAAGCUAUUAGAUACUGGUAAACACAGAUAUGACCUAAAGCCCCGUGCAAACGGACAUAACGUUGUUGGCAAUUAAAUCCCAGCAUUGCUGGAUGUUACAUGUAGCCUCUGUUUGCACACCCUGUUGCGUGUUGUUGGGAGUUGUUGCGACCGUUUGCACGUAGCUUAAAAGCAUGUGGGGGUGGGGGGGGGGGGGCUCUAACAAUUACCGCAAACAGUCUGCAUGCUCAGACGAAAAGACAGUAUUUUUCUUGGCUACUGACAGUCCUGAUUAGACUUAUCAUUGAAAGCGAAUCGAGAUUUGUCAUUAUUUCUUACCAUGGUGUACUCUAUGUUAUCUUCUGUCUUUGGUUGGAAGUUUACACACAUUUUGUAAAUUGCACGCAUAAUAAAUACUUUAUUUGUUAUGUAAGUUACAAUUGGCAGCCUUUACGACGACGGAAAAAAAAACAUCAAAAAAGCAAAUCAACCAAAAUAACAACUUUGCACGUGCAUCACACUUUUUGGUGCACUUCGUCGAUGUUCACCGCACAACUGCGACGUCAAACUUUCCUUUUAAUUGACCGAACAUUACCAUUAGUUUUUGCCCGUCUCUGCAAUUAUUCUUUCUCUGUAUCGCAUUGUGUCUAACUACUAGCGUACACAUGUCGAAACUACGAAAAAUGCACAAGCUGGCCGGAAAAAAUUGAUCGUGUUUCCCGUGUAAGAACCUAAAGUUGGUAGUCUCUUGGUGUUGCGGACGGCUGCGAUCACUAAAUGACGUAAUACAGAAGAUUAAAAAUGCAGUGAACAAUACCCACAUUACGAGACACCCAAUCUAAGCGCAAAACUUUAUUAUGCAUAUCUUCUAGGAGAUAUAUAACUCAACUGUACCUGGUCUUUUAGUUGUCGGUCCACCAGGUCCGCCUGGACCUCCAGGACCAGCUGGGCCCCCUGGGCCUCCCGGACCUCCAGGUCCCCCUGGCCCAUUGGGUGUCCCUGGACGCUUUGUAGGCUUUCCGGGUUUGGGAGUUGUCUUGGGACCGCCUGGUCCUCCUGGCCCGCCUGGACCUCCUGGGCCUCCUGGUCCCGCGGGUCCCCCUGGUCCACCCGGUCCAUUAGAGCCUCCCGGUCCACCGGGGCCCCCUGGGCCUCCAGGACCACCUGGUUUACCUAUGAAAGAAAAUCAACAAGGAUUAGAAAAAGAAUAUGACAGAAAGUACUACAAAAUAGGACAUUGAACUGCGUGGUUUUCAGGCUCCGUUUACACGGGUGCAGACAAAUUUUGAACGGAAAAAACGCCUUUCAUGUAAACGUGUAAUGGUGAACCGCGAAACCGUGUAAGUUUAUGAACGGCAAACUAUGCAAGUUUUUGACCUGAUCAGUAGGGGGUCAAAAUUUUUGACUGGUAGGGUUCCACUCUUACGCGGACUCGUGCAAACACCUGAACCCUGCAAGUUUUUGCACAGUUUGCGCGGUAAAAACUUACAGCCUAGUUACUCGCCUUUCAGUUUGAUAAAGAAAGCCAUUCCAAUGCUGACGCCGGCAAAAUUUUCACGGCUUCUACGGCAUUUACGGUUCUACGGGUCGCACAGGUAAGAAAUUAGUCUGUUCAAAAAUUUUUCCGGACCCAUGUAAACGGGGUCUACAGGUGAUACUAAAGGAGACGAUUCGCAACGACGAUUUUUAGCGCAACACAGCGUUGCAACAUUGUUGCAACAUUGUUUUGAAUGGUUACAACAUUGUUCCAACAUUGCAACGCUGUGUUGCGCUAAAAAUCGUCGUUGUGAAUCGUCCCGUGUAACAUCACUUUAAGAGAUAAAGAACGCUGGCGAUGUACAGAUUUUCCACUAAUAUAACAUGAUUAUUUACGUACAAAAUUGAGAGAUGUCUAUAAAUUUAGCUCAUACCUGGAGGCUGCUUUGUUGGUUUCGUUGGUUUACCAGACUUUGGUGUUAUUGGUCCACCUGGGCCUCCGGGACCACCUGGUCCCCCCGGUCCUCCAGGACCGCCGGGGCCUCCUGGUCCACCAGGACCUCCUGGUCCGCCUGGGCCUCCUGGACCUCCAGGGGAUCCGGGUCCUCCUGGCGUUCCU